GGGAUGUAGCUAACGUUUCCGACAUUUCGGUACAGUGUGUGUGGGUGGGAUCGUCGGUACUUAUUUAUUAAUUUUUUAAAAUCCGUCCUUGUUGUUUUAAAUAUAACCGUAAUGUUUUUAAAGUUUGCUUUUUAAAAAAACUUGUUAAUUUUUCUUAGUUUUAGAAAUGAAAUAUUUUACUUAACGGCGUUUUGUCGUCGACGAGAAAUGAAUUUAGCCUGUUAGCUUAGCACUAUGAAGCGUUCAAUUUUUCCCCUCGAAACCUUUAAAUAUAAUCUUUAAAGUGUCAUUUUAAAUAUUUAUUCAUUUAAUUAAUUACGUGUUUUUCUGUUGCUUCAGUUUUAUUUGUUAGUUUUAAUAGUAAUUUUACAUUUGUUUGCCUGUAAGUUAGCAGAGUGGAUUUACAUUGGAUGAACUUGACGAGAUGGCCCCUUUUUCGUUUGUAAGCUUUUAUUAUUCCAUCCUGUAAAAUAAAUUAUUGAAGAUGUUAAAAAGGGGAACAGGGUCUAAAGCUAGCUACAGUCCGUAUUCAACGGGACAGAGAAUCAAGAAAGCAGACAGCAAAACGAAAUUGGAUCUGUUGCCCAAUAAAGCCAAUGUGUGGCUGAAACAGCUGUCUAUUCUUCAAGAGCAGCCUCGGAAAGAUGGCUCGGAUGCUAGUUUAUCCUCUUCAUCUGCAUCUUCCUCUACCCCUGCAAGUCUUUGUCCACCAGCCUUGGAAGGCCAGAGCUGCCCAGGCACUCCGUCUGCCACUCAUGGCAAACUGGUGGGCUGCCCGUCACCUGGAGGCACCCUGAAGAGGCCUACAGCUCUGAGUCGCAAUGCCAGCGCCGCAGGCUCGCCACUCCAGUCCUGGGUGUUCAGUAAGGGCCAAGGCCGGGCAGCUAUUGCCCAUAGCCCUCAGACAGAGUCUGUGGACAUGCCAGCAGCUAUCGAGGUGGAGGACAUUCCCCCACUGCUGCGUGCUGUGGCUCACUUCGCCGAGGCUGUGGAGAAACUCAAAGAUGUGGUUCUGGAAGACAAACAAGAGAAUCGCCGCCCGCUGGCCCAUGAGUGUCUGGGUGAGGUGCUGCGAAUCCUGCGCCAAAUCAUCAACAUGUACCCACUUCUCAACACGGUGGAGACUCUCACUGCUGCUGGCAAGCUCAUCUCCCAGGUCAAAGGCUUUCAUUAUGAAGUCUGCAAUGAAAAUGACAAAAAAGACUUUGAGAAAGCCAUUGAGACCAUUGCAGUAGCUUUCAGCAACAAUGUCUCAGAGCUGUUAAUGGGGGAGGUUGACAGCAGCACUCUUUUAUCAGUCCUUCCCACAGAGAAAAGUAAGUCUAUGGAGAACCUGUACAGAAUCUCUGGUGUAGAGACUUCACACGACUCCUCUGAAUUAGCAAUGAGAGCUGAGGAGGUGGACAUCCUUCUGCAGCGGAGUGAGGGUGGAGUUGACUCCGCCCUGGCGUAUGCUAAGACUAUCUCCAGGUACAUGAAGGACCUUAUUGGCUACGUGGAGAAGCGCAUCUCUUUUGAGGUGGAGUUUUCCAAAGGCCUGCAAAGGCUGUAUCAGACAUGCAAACAAACAAUCACACAGCCACACAUGCCUUUCUAUUCCAUAUACUCUCUGGCACUGGAGCAGGACCUUGAGCAAAGUACAGCAAUACAGAUCUCUGCAAACACCCUGCAAUGCCAGACCUUCAUACAGCCUCUGUUGCAGCGUAAACAAGAGCAUGAAAAGAAACGAAAAGAUCUAAAGGAACAGUGGCUCAAAGCCCGAAGAAAGCUGUUGGAGUCUGAGGCUAAUUUGCGGCGGGCUAAGCAGGUCUUCAUCGCUCGCUAUGAAGAAUAUGAGAAGGCCAAGACGGCAGCUAGCAGGGCAGAGGAGGAGGGCAGCUCCUCUACGGCCAAAGCAGUGGAUAAGAAAAAGCGGCUAGAGGAAGAGGCUCGCAAUAAGGCUGAGGAAGCAGAGGCUACGUACCGUGUGUGUGUUGCGGACGCCACACAGCAGCAGCAGGAGCUGGAGCACACAAAAGUCACAGUUCUGAGACAGAUACAAGAGGUCAUCAAGCAGAGUGACCAGACCCUUCGCUCUGCCACUAUUUCCUACUUCCAGACCAUGCACAUGCAGACAGUAGCGCUGCCUGUGCACUACCAGACGCUGUGUGAGAGCAGUAAGCUGUAUGAUCCAGGACAGCAGUAUGCCACCCACGUCAAAGAACUGCAGAUGAGUGAGGAGCCCGAGGUCCAUUACACCUUCGAGCCCUACAGCGCCUCCAGCAGCCAGCAGGCAGCCAGAGUGCGCAGUGACAGCUCCAACCAAGAUGCACCAAGCAAUACUGAAGGGACAGUCACGGCUGGAGAAUCAGCCGAUCCUGCUCAGAAAGAGGAUCAGAGAAAAGCACGAGGUCACAUGACUCACAAAUCGUGGGGCUCCACAGUGAGUGACACAGACAGCGUGGUCGGAGGAAAUGAUCUUGGCUCCCCCACACACAGUGCAGGUGACAUCAGUAAAAUAGCCCGAACAUCAUCCACAGGAACCAUGUCAUCGAAUGAGGAUGCAGAUGAAAAAGAUGGGGCCAUGGCAAACUUUGAACCUUCCAACAUUAAUGGCAUCGAGCCUGAAAUUGUGGUGCCGACUGGACCGUUUAGAAAUGUGGGCCUAUCCAAAGCUGCGCAAACUCACCGCCUGCGCAAACUACGCUCUCCAGCAAAAUGCCGGCAAUGUGACAGCUAUGUGUACUUCCAAGGAGCGGAGUGUGAGGAGUGUUUCCUGGCUUGCCAUAAACGCUGUUUGGAGACUCUGGCCAUCCAGUGUGGACAUAAGAAACUACAGGGCCGCCUCCAGCUCUUUGGUCAGGAAUUUUCCCAAGUGUCUGGCACCAGCUCAGAUGGAAUUCCGUUCAUCAUCAAAAAGUGUACAUGUGAGAUUGAGAGGAGAGCAUUGAGGAUGAAGGGAAUCUACCGGGUGAACGGGGUGAAAACAAGGGUGGAGAAAUUGUGCCAGGCCUUUGAAAACGGCAAAGAGCUCGUAGAGCUGUCACAGUCCUCUCCACAUGACAUCAGCAACGUGCUCAAGCUCUACCUGAGACAGCUCCCAGAACCCAUAAUGCUUUUCCGCCUGUAUAACAGUCUGAUGGGACUUGCGAAGGAAAGCCUGACCCUGGUGGGACCUGAGGGGGCCGAGGCUGGGAAGGGGCCUGAUCUGGUUGAUCUGGGUCCAGAGACAGACCCUGAACUCCUGAAACUGGUGGACAAAUUAAAGGAGCUCCUCACUGAGCUGCCCAAAGCAAACAUGACUACACUGCGGUACAUAACACGCCAUCUUCGCAGGAUUGCUGAACUGGAAGAGGAUAAUAAGAUGAGCCCCAGUAACCUGGGUAUUGUGUUUGGGCCCUCGCUAAUGCGGCCACGGCCCACGGGGGCAACAGUGUCCCUGUCUUCUCUGGUGGAUUACCCCUAUCAGGCUCGCAUUGUAGAAACACUCAUUGUGUUUUACCCCAUCGUCUUCCCUUCUUCGUCCAAUCGCGCAGGCGAUGUCAGUACAGUCCUCUCUCCACCACUGCAGCAGAGCAGUAUUGAUGGGGAGGACUCGGGUACAAAUGAUGAUGAAGCAGAACGCACAGAAGAACAUGGUGGAACUGAGGCAGACAAGAUCAACGAGGGCCUUGAAGGCUCCACAGGUACACUGGGGUCCUUGGAGCAUAGUCUGGAUUCUGAUUCUGAGCUGGAGGAGGAAGGAGGCAGGACUGAAGGACAACCAACAUCCCCAACUGAUAAUGAGGAUCUUGAAGUACCCCCUCCUACAACAGAGGCGCAGUAUUACUCAGGUUCAGACAGUGAACCUCCUGCAUUGCCUGAGAGUGAGCCUCCGGAGCUUGAAAGUCCAGACGAACUUCCAACAAACUCAUUCGCACAGCUCAGCAUCAACCAGUCAAACAAUAAUGAGCCAUAGCGAGACUCAGUUACACUGCAGUAACCUUUUUAGAUACCCAGGAACUUUAAGCACGUUUCCUUCACAGUAACCAACUCCUGACCAUUUGUUUCAAUAAUGUGUUUUAGGUAAUUUCACGUCGACCAAGAACUUCAUGAUGUCUGAUUUUCUUACAAAAUGUCUUAAAAAACAGUAUCUGUCCAACAAGCUUGUUUUAUAUCAGAUGGGAUGGGAUCAGAUCACAUUUCCAUAAUGCUCUUGUUUCCAAAAAUGGUGUUAAAAAUAUUGUGCCUUAAUUAUAGGCUGCAAAAAUAAUUAAAAGAUAAAAAAUUGAGCCUGCUUUACUGCUACUGGUUUAAAACUCUUAACCUAAUCUUAACCCUGCAUUCGCACUGGCAGUGAGGCAACAUGACAAAGCAGCCAGAAGUCAUUAAUUUAAAGAGUCGAUGGUUCUGUGACAGGUGAUGUAACUGCAAUGCAAAGUGAGUAAGGUGAUUCUUGUGAUAAAGUUCAGUAAAGAAUUAUGGUUAAAUGCAAAUCCAAAGCAAAGAUAAUGUGGCUACUUAAGUAGUUUGUACUGCCAUCCUGUACAAGCCAGAGAAGUCAUAGCACAUUAAAACUAAAAAAAAAACUAAAAAACAUUAGCAACUACUUAGAGCAACUAGAGCUGUGCAAUGCUUAAAACUUGCUGCCAGUGUGAAUGCAGUGUCAUUCCUAACCAUGUUGCUGUUUUAGCUAAAAAAAAGUUUAGUAGUACCUUUCAGUAGUUGUUCAAGAGAGUUUUAGAACUCUUUUGAUCCUCAGACAUUUACAGAAACUGGAUGGAAACGUGCCUAAGGUGGUCAAUGUGUUGUUAAAAUACUAAACACCACAUGAACAUGAUAUCAGUGCUUUCACAGUGGCAUGGUUAUUUACGAACAUUUAUUUUUAUUUUUAUUUGUAUGUUUUUCAGAAAUGGAAUUACACACAUACUGUGUGUAAUUUGGGUAUUUAAAUAAGUCGAACUAAUGUGCAUAGUGGUGUAAGUAAGUCAGUUUUUUUUUCUUACCUAAUCAGUGAAAACGUGGUUUUCAUACAUUGUUAGAAAUGUAGAGUUUUGUUUGCCAAGCCAUUCCUGUUCAGAAUUUGCAUGUCCAUGUCUAAAUUCAUUCAUAAUGUCCUAUUUUCUUAAUAAAAUCAGCUGGCCGGCUUUUCUUAAAAGCUGUUAGGUAGCAGUAUGUGUAUAGCUAAGCUGCAUAUUUAUGUACACUGCCUGGCUGUUUUAAAAUGUUCAAGACUUUUGGCCUGCAUUAAGCAAAGACAAAAACUUUAAAUAAAAAUUAUCAAAGCUGAAACAAUAACGCUGAACUGUUAACUUCAUGGUCAGAAUGUGUCAGAAAAGAAAUCAUAAAUAAUUACUUUAAACACA